AUGGCAGUAAAGGCGACCAGACCUAGGAGCGGACUUCAACCCGGAGUGGUACAGCGGCACGAGCGUCGGCACGCCGGAUCCAAGAACCACGUGGCCUCCCACGAAGCCGUCAAGCGCAUAUCACGCCCCGAGCAGCGCCCUCAGCGACAGCAGCGCCCAGUCGCGCCCACAGCAGCGCCAACCGCGCCGGACACGUGGUCACCAACCACACAACGAGCGUCACCAGGAGCGCGCAACGAGCGGCCCGCGCCGUGCAGUGCCACCCACGUGAUCCACAGGAGCGUCCACUGCGUCUUCACUAGCGCCUGCCGACAGCACCCACCGCGCCACCAGCAGCGCCCACUCACGUGCUCACCAGCGGCGCCAAUCAAGCACUCACCGAGCGCCACCAGCAGCGCCAAUCGAGCGUCAUCAGUGCCCACCGCGGCCAACAGCAGUGCCCUCAGCGGCAUACGCGCCCAACGCACAGCCCCACGAGCGGCUACCACCGAGCGCCAUCAAGCAGGGCAACAGCCGUGCCCACCGAGCGCUCACCACACCGAUCAGCGCUGCCGCGCAUCAGGCGCGCCACGGGAUGCGCCCACCACGUGCUCACCAGGAGCGCCCAACGAUCAGCGCCGCCGCAACCACAUCGGUCAGCCACUGCCGCACGUCAACAGCACCUGCCGUGCGCCCGCCGCAUCACGCCCCUGGAACCCGUCAGGCGACACCGCGGGAACCUGCAUCACCACGGAGAACAGGUACGGCCUACAGCCGCAGGCGGACGCCGCCACGGCAAAGGAGAAGAACCCGUUUCGACGCCCCUCCACGAGCGCCAUGUUGGCCACCACAACGGUCGCCAACGAGGAGGACGCAGGACCCGCUGCUGGCCAGGACCCAGGAGUCGGAGGAAACGCUCCCCAGGGUUUCGUAGACCCGCCACCGCCGGCCAUACCAGAGGCAUCGCCCGGAUCACCACCGGAGCGGCCACCGAGAGCAUCUCCCAGAACGCCGCGACGGACGUCACCCCCAGGAGCUCCCCACGAACCCCGGAAGGGAUGUUGCGACCGCACCUCUGCGCGCGCCGUCCCGCAAACUCCCGGCCGCACGAUCGCACCAAGCGAGAUGGGCUGGGAACCGGACCUGCAAUUAUUCCUCAGCGGGGAAGAGGAGGAUGAGGUCCUGCAAGCCCUCCGGGAGUGUCCGGACGCUGGACAAGUCAUGGAGGAGGCCCAAUGGAUCGUCGCCCCAGUCGGCUGGAGG